AUGCCACCGAAACCGAGCGCAACUCCCAAGCCAUCUGCAUCUACAAAUGCCUUCUCGUCUCUCUGGAAGGCGUACCAGGACGAGACGCCAGCAAGACUAAAGCUCAUCGACGCCUUUCUCGUGUUUCUCAUGCUCAGCGGCAUCAUUCAAUUCGUAUAUUGCGUCCUAAUCUCGAGCUUUCCCUUCAACGCAUUUCUCGCUGGAUUUGCCAGCUGUGUGGGCCAAUUCGUGCUGACUGCAAGCUUGCGAUCACAAGUUAAUCCUCUGAAUCAACAAGAGUUUAAAGACGUGUCUCCGGAACGAGCGUUUGCAGACUUCGCACUCGGAUCUAUCGUACUUCACUUUUUCGUAUUCAACUUUCUCGGUUGA